AUGGCAUUAAGUAGACACAAAUCAUCGGGUCCUUACAAUUUAGUUCCUAGCAAUGAGAAUCUCGACAUUGUUAUGCACGACUUGGAGGAAAAAAUACGUCGGGAAAGAUCAACCAAAAAAUACAAUAUCUAUAUUGACGAUCAAAAGACAUUUGCAUACUUCAGAGAAAUAAAGCUUUUGAGUGCAGCUGUGGCAGAUAGACGUGCUGGUAUUGCUGAAUGUACCGCUCAAACUUGGGCUAAGAGACUGAACAAUGAUCCUAAUUGGGAUAUAUUUGAAAAGGAAACCAAUAAGAUCAACACAUGA